AUGUUCGCCGCCAUCCGUCCCCGCCUCGCCUCCGUCGUCGCCAAGCCCGCCGUCUUGAACGCCGUCCGCCCCAGAUUCUUCUCCCAGGCUGCCGUUGCUCGCUCCAACAUUGCCUCGCUCCACACCUUGACCGAGGAUGAGACACUCUUGAAGGAGUCCGUUGCUCGCUUUGCUCAGGAGCAGCUUUUGCCCAAGGUCCAGCAGAUGGACGAGGCCGAGAAGGUCGAUGCUGAUGUCCUCAAGGGCUUGUUCGAGCAGGGUUUGAUGGGUAUUGAGACUGAUGCCAAGUACGAUGGUUCCGAGUCCUCUUUCAUGUCCGCCAUCUUGACCAUCGAGGAGCUCGCCAAGGUCGAUCCCUCCAUCUCCGUUCUUUGCGACGUCCAGAACACCCUGGUCAACACCUUGUUCCGUAAGUACGCCUCGGAUGAUAUCAAGGAGAGAUACUUGCCCCGCCUCGCCACCGACACCGUCGGAUGCUUCUGCUUGUCCGAGGCCGGAUCCGGCUCUGAUGCCUUUGCCCUCCAGACCCGCGCAGUCAAGGACGGCGAUAACUACAUCCUCAACGGCACCAAGAUGUGGAUCACCAACUCUGGUGAGGCCGAGAUCUUCCUCGUUUUUGCCAACGUUGCCCCCGAGAAGGGCUACAAGGGCAUCACUUGCUUUGUCGUCGACAAGUCGAUGGGUGUCAAGGUCAACAAGAAGGAGUCCAAGCUCGGAAUCCGCGCCUCGUCAACCUGCACCCUCAACUUUGACGACAUUGUUGUCCCCGCCGCCAACGUCCUCGGAGAGGUCGGAAAGGGUUACAAGUAUGCUAUUGAGAUCUUGAACGAGGGUCGUAUCGGUAUUGCUGCCCAGAUGUUGGGUCUUGCCCAGGGCGCCUUCGAUGCCACUCUCCCUUACCUCUUCCAGCGCAAGCAGUUCGGUCAGAACAUUGGUUCCUUCCAGGGUAUGCAGCACCAGUAUGCCCAGGUUGCUAUGGAGAUCGAGGCUGCUCGUCUCUUGACCUACAACGCUGCUCGUCUCAAGGAGGAGGGCAAGCCUUUCGUCAAGGAGGCUGCCAUGGCUAAGCUCUAUGCUUCCCAGGUCGCCGAGAAGACCGCCUCCCGCUGCAUCGAGUGGGCCGGUGGAAUCGGCUUCACUCGUGACUUCCCCAUCGAGAAGUUCUACCGUGACUGCAAGAUCGGUGCCAUCUACGAGGGAACCAGCAACAUUCAGCUCCAGACCAUCGCCAAGAUCGUCGAGAAGCAGUACUCUUCUUAA